AUACGUCUAUGGCCCAAACCUCCUCGACAGUCGAAAAGAAUUCGGAAGAGGUUGUGUUUGCGGCGUCGUGCCGGUGAAUAUUGGUUAAAGGACUGUUAAAAUGUCGUUCGCCAGAACAGGUCCUGUAUUUUGUAUCGUCUACGUCACGCUUUUAUUCGCGUAUGUGAACGCGAUAACGCAGCAACAAACGAAGGAAAGCUUAGUGGAACAGCUUAAUGAGGACAACUGGGAUGUGAUUCUCACGGGAGAGUGGAUGGUCGAAUUUUAUGCACCAUGGUGUCCCGCAUGUAAAGCUCUUGAACCAGUCUGGGAAAAUCUUGCAUUAAAAAAGAAAGAGCUCAAUAUUAAUGUUGGAAAAAUAGAUGUAACUGAUUCUCCUGGUCUCAGUGGUAGAUUUAUGGUUACAGCUCUGCCUACAAUAUUUCAUGUAAAUGAUGGAAUAUUUAGACAAUAUAAAAGUCCAAGAGAUAAAAUUUCCUUGAUUGAGUUUAUAGUUCAGAAGACAUGGAAGAAAGUAGAUCCAAUACCUAGCUGGAAGAGUCCAACUUCAUUCCAUAUGUCAAUUUUAAGUCAAUUUUUUAAACUGUCUCAAAUAUUACGAAUUAUUCAUAACAAACUUUUAGAAGAAAUUGGAUUACCUACAUGGGGUAGUUAUCUGAUUUUUGCUGUCGCAACAAUUAUUUUGGGUGCGAUAUUAGGACUACUCAUCGUGUGCUUGAUUGACUUCUUUUAUCCACCAAAACUUCCGCAACAAGGCAAAAAGAAACAGAAUGACACAUUGGAUGGUUCAGCAAGAGAAAAAGCUUCAGAUGAGUUUGAAAUUGUGGAAAAUAUUGAGGAUGAUUUGGUGGAUGAGGAAGAAUCGGAAGCAGAGGAAACGAAAGAACCUGAAACAAAGGAAUCAAAUGAACUCGAAGAAAGUGAAAAGAACAAAGAUACUGAAGAUACCAGUAGUCCUAAUGUUCGCAAACGUAAGCCACGCAAGGCUGACUAGAGUUAGUAGUUUGUUGAAUGUAAAUAAUCGAUGAACAUGGAUCAAUUGAGCCUUAACGAUAUAUUCUCAAAAUCAUUCCUGUGCAUUGAGAUGGCUCAUAAAUCAAUAUCGCUAUUCUACAUCUCUGAAGCACAAAUAAAACAAAACAUCAUGCUCGCCGUCUCUUGUAUGUUUCAAACUUUAAGUAAAGGAAUUUGGAUUGUGUGUAAAUCAUCUUGUAUUAGAUAAAUAUAUUUCAGGUUUGAUCAUGAAGAUGAAUAUCUCAGGUAUUAUUCAGUAAAACUUUAGGGCUCUUUGCAGAUAAUCUGUAAAGUUUUGGAAAGUGAUAUCAAAUAUUUUUAAAAUUUGCUUUUUUUUGUUGAAAUCAUGCAUAUAAAUAUAGAAAAUAUUUAUCCAAAACAUAUUUGAAAGAGAUAUUUCUUCUUCAAAAUCUAAACAAAAUAUUUGAAAAAAAUUACUAUUAUAUAUAUAUAAUUCGCUUUUUGAUUGGGUCAAUAAUUCAAA